UAAGGUUAUUUUAGGUAACAGAUUGAGGUUAAUUUUACUUUUGAUUUUGUGAAAUUCAGACUAAAAGCUGAAGUGGUUUGUCUAGAAUAAAAAUAAAAGAAUAUUUGACGACAAUUAUGGAUAAUUCAAAAACGAAUGUCAAAUUAUCAAAAGGUAUCUUGGAUAUGAAAUUCAUGAAAAAAACCAAAGAGAAAGUUGAAAAAGAAAAGGAUGAUUUGGAAGGGCAUAUCAUGUAUUCCAGUGAGAUAACCGAAGAAAUGAGACGGUCUGGAAAUCUUGUGUUUGUUUCAACCAGCAUGGCAAACAUAAGAACUCUCGUUGAUGGCAGAUUGUCUUUUGGAGGAAUGAAUCCUGAAAUAGAAAAACUGAUGGCUAAUGAUUAUGGCAAACAGUUGGAAGAUGAAGAAAAACGAAAAGAAAAAGAUAUAACUGAUGUUGAAAUGGCUGAAGGAUACUCAACGUUAGUGAAUACGAUGGGAAAAAAGUUUCAUGGCGCUAAUAGGGAGCGCAAAAGAAAAGCUGAUAGAAAAUUUGUUAAACCUGCCGAUGAUACGCUCUACUAAAAUUGUUGACUAUUUGAAGGAAAUGAAUAAUCUUUAGGGUUCAUUUUCAAUAAAUAUUCUUUGAAAGUAAUCUCCGCAGCAGUUUUGUAACUGAAAGGUAUUAAUAUGUUCUGUGAACAUUACUGACUUUAAAUAAAUGUGAACUUCUCUAAACUAACGUUAUUGUAUAAUGUAAGAAAUUAUGUGAUAUAGUUCUGAUUGAUAUGCACUGUUUGGAACCUUUGGUGUGGUAAUGAAUAUUACUAGUUUUACCUCGACACCAAGCCGUUAUUCAUGAUCAUCCUGUUGAUUGUUGUAUUUUUGUAUAAUGUUCAAGUACAGAUUGAAAUUAUAAUUCAUCAUUGUGGCUUUUCUUAACCAACUUGUAAACUUUUAUUUAUUCUAGAGAUUAUUGUAAAUAUCUGGCCUGUUUGUUUUCUUUUCUACAAUUCUACAUGAGAGAAAAAGCUGUUUUACUCGAAAAACAAAGAGAGACAUCGAUUUUUUUGUCUCGAUGUCAGUUCCCUUAAUUCGAAAAUGAGCCACUUUUUUUGGCCUAUAUUCUGGUUUGGGGGAUGUUUAGUUUUUACUUGUUCAAUAAAAUUGUCGAAAAGUU